AUGCAUCUGCCCGCCACUCUCGCCAUCACCGCGCGCUCCCGCAAAUUCUACGACGGCACCUACACCAUGACCUCGGACGGCUUCACUGACGAGGCGGGAGUGUAUCGCGCUUUCGACUGCCUUGACGCCGCUGCGCGCGCUCCAACGCCGCUGCCGCCGAUGUUCUCGGACGACGAAGAGGCCGGGGGAGAGCAGGUUCUGACACCGAGCUCGAUGCUGAGAGGAGCUGCGAGAGGUGAUACUCCCAUUGAGGUGACGUUCGUUUCGGAUAUAGCGGUCAAGGAUAGGCAGGGUGGCUACGUGGAUGAUGAAGGGGGUCUGCUGGGUGAGAUAGAUGGGGUAGAGCGACGGAAGAGCAGUGUGAAGAUCAUGUCUAAGAGAGGGAAAGUUACGCCGAAGAAGUCAAGCAAAGCGAAGUCAGGCGAUAGCUCGUCGCCACUGUCAGAUUGCCCGUCAGAUCUGUCGGAGUGGGAGAGCGAGAAGGUGAAAUAUGAGUGUAUUGAGGCUAUACAAAAUGGGAAGAAGAAGACCACCCCGAAGAAUAAGAAGAAGCCGUCUGAAGAGGAAAAGAAUGACUCUUCGUCCAAGCGAACUCAAGGUGGUGAGGAAGACUCCGAGGAAGGCAGCACCAGCGCCUGCGUUGGUUACUCGGCAGCAAGACACUCGGCAGCCGGCUGA